GCUGAGGGAGCCAUGUUGAUGCCUGGUUUUGUGUCAACCGCCGCACUUUGGAUGGUUAAAGGACUGCGUCUCAAGGACUGGGAGCCUUAGCGGUGGUUCCAGCACCGCGAUGAGAAGAGGAGAGCGGGUUGGGAUGUUACAGGGAGCGCCGAAGGAGAGCUGCUCUUAGAUCACCGGACAUCUCACAGUUGAUUCAAAGCAAGUGAAGUUGAUGCUAGUUAGCCUGAUAGCUAGGUAGCAACAGCUGUGCGGACGCUGCGUGGGAUGCGGUGUGAGGACUAAAACAAAACCAUCGUCUCUGCUUGUUGCAUUUUGUUGGGCUAACGUUAGCUAGACUGCUUGAAGACGCCGUGCCAGAGGUAACAACUGAGCUGCUGGAUUCAUGUUAGCUUUCUGAAGUUGCCUUUGUAAAGCAUAGCUAGCUGUUAGCUAACGUUAGCAUGCUGAGAAUCAGCUCGCAUCUACGGUCACGACUAACAUUUGCAAGCUGAGUGGACUCUGACUUAUUGUUACUUUCAGACAGGGUGUCAGUUGUUGAGCACAGUGCUGUGUGACUAAAGCCCCCCAAAAAUUCCGAGUGGAGAUAUGGCGAUACCUCCAGUCUCUGUGGAAAGCUACCAGUUCGCCUGCCCAGCUUGCCAAGGAGCGGCUAACGGGCUAGCAGCAUAACUUUCCUCUCACGGUGUCACUCUCAGAAGCUGCGGAGCCCACUUCCUCGCUAGCCGACCUCUCGUACCUGAAGCAAGCUGGCGGCCCUCCGAGUAGAAGCCGAGGACAAGGAGCUGGGGCCGAUGGCCUGGGUGCUGAAGAUGGACGACGCCACCAUAGAGUCGGGGCUGGUGCACGACUUCGAUGCGAGCCUGUCCGGCAUCGGGCAGGAGCUGGGGGCUGGAGCCUACAGCAUGAGCGAUGUACUGGCUCUGCCAAUCUUUAAGCAGGAGGACUCCAGCAUUCCUCCUGAAAACGAGACCAAAAAUCCCCCAUUCCAGUAUGUGCUGUGCGCCGCCACGUCGCCUGCUGUCAAGCUGCAUGACGAGACGCUCACAUACCUAAACCAAGGCCAGUCUUACGAGGUGCGUAUGUUGGACAACAGGAAGCCAGGGGAGUUACCAGAGCUCAAUAACAAGAUGGUCAAGAGCAUAGUGCGAGUGGUGUUUCAUGACCGCCGGCUGCAGUACACAGAGCACCAGCAGCUGGAGGGCUGGAAGUGGAAUCGUCCAGGCGAUCGUCUCCUUGACAUCGAUAUCCCCAUGUCAGUGGGCAUUGUGGAGCCGAAGACUCACCCCUCCCAGCUUAACGCGGCAGAGUUCCUGUGGGACAUGAACAAAAGAACGUCUGUUUUUGUGCAGGUGCACUGCAUCAGCACAGAGUUCACCCCCAGGAAGCACGGUGGAGAGAAGGGCGUCCCCUUCAGGAUCCAGUUCGACACGUUCGCCCAGGGAGAGGGUGGAGAGUACACCGAGCACCUCCACUCUGCCUCCUGCCAAAUCAAAGUCUUUAAGCCAAAGGGGGCGGACCGUAAGCAAAAGACAGACAGGGAGAAGAUGGAGAAGCGCACACCUCAAGAGAAGGAGAAGUACCAGCCUUCUUAUGAUACCACUAUCCUGUCAGAGACGAGACUUGAACCCAUCAUAGAGGAUGCGGGUGACCACGAGCUGAAAAAGUCCAGCAAGCGGACACUUCCCGCUGACUGUGGUGACUCCUUGGCCAAGAGAGGCAGUUGCUCCCCGUGGCCGGACACCGCCUACGUCAGCACCAACCAGGCAGCUACUCCCUCCUUCUCCUCCACUCCACUGUCCACCUACACAACCUCCUCAGUACCAGACAGUGACUCGUCCUCACCCAAUCACCAGGCAGACCCUGGCAGCCAUGGCAACUCGGAGCAGUUGAGCCCCACUGCCUCCAUACAGGAUGCACAGAAGUGGCUGCUGAAAAAUCGCUUCAACUCCUACACACGACUCUUCUCUCACUUCUCAGGUUCUGAUUUGUUGAAGCUAACCCGAGACGACCUGGUCCAGAUUUGUGGGCCGGCAGAUGGGAUCAGACUCUUCAAUGCACUUAAAUCCAGGUCUGUGCGUCCCAGGUUGACCGUGUACGUCUGUCAGGAGUCCCCUCGGGAGAGCCCCCUGCUGGAGAGACACGGCACCAAUGAAAAUGGAGAACACAGCAUUUCCUCUAGUUUACACGUGUAUCAUGCUCUGUAUCUAGAGGAUCUCACAGCUGCAGAACUGAUCCGCAAGAUGGCGUGUGUGUGCAGCCUUCCACUGGGAAAGAUCAACCAGGUGUACAGACAGGGUCCUACAGGCAUACACAUCCUGCUCAGUGACCAGAUGGUUUACAACUUGCCUGACGAGAGCUGUUUUUUGAUCAGCACUGUCAAAGAUGAACUGGGCGAAGGACUCCAUCUAAUCCUGAAGUAGUGAGGAGGACAGAUGGCAUCGCUAAUACUCCACCCUCUGUUUUGGAGCAGAAGCCUCCCUCUGUCCCUCUCUGCCUGCCUCCACUCUUCCCUCGUACUUCCUCCCGUUCUCUCUAAACACUCGCUCGACGGAAAGCAGAGAGACUGCGCUAAAGCCAUGUAAAUGUUAGAAUCUGACAUGGGUGUGUCCACUGUUUCAUAUUGAAAACACUAUUAACGGUCGAGACAAGACAAAAGAGGAGAGACUGGGGGGAUAUGGGGUGAGGGUAAAGAUAAUGUUGUAUGUAUUUUGAUUUUAUUAUUUUAUUUUUUUGUCUUUUUAUAUGAUUUCUGUGGGAGAAGGGAGGGGGAGGCUCUAGGAGAGAGGGGAGAGUGAAGUUCUGGCCAGCAGGAGAAGGAAAGAAAGCAGAGUUUCCUUAUUGCUCGUUGCCCUUCGUACACAACGCGCACAACCAGCACGAGGCCAGUAUUUGAUAACCUGUACUGCUGAACAGCAUGCGAUCUCAACAUACUAACUUGCUUAAAGGAGAAUCCCAACUUACUCUGCUUGUUUAACAUUCGUGACGGGGUUGUCUUAAUAAACCAUUUAUUGAUCAGCUGAGCUUGAUAACCCCUGAAAUAUCCAGGCUAAAUUUGUGGAAGUGAAGUUAUUUGUGGAUGUUGACACCAACAUUCAAUUUUUUAUUUCUUGGACUUAUGGCCUAAUUUCAUUAACUGGUCACAUAGAGGUCAUCCUAUGUGAUUUUAGACUUCCAGCCAUAUCUUUCUGUCUGUUGACACCAUGUCCCACUCAGCUCAACUCUCUUAAUGUAUGUCCUGUUUGGCCUGCGCUGUUUUUAGUUAUAGCUUUAUUUAUGGAUCAGCUGGAUCAGCUGUCUCUCGUGCUCUCAUUGAAUUUUCUUGUUUCUGGUGCCAUAUUGGCUUUUUAACUCAGUUUAGUCCCAUUCACAAACACAGUGCACAUGCACCUCGUCUUUGACUCCUCUGCUUUCUGUGCUGACUGAAACACUGGUUUAGAGGAGUGUGGUUUACGCCCUCUGGGAUUUUGGCCAUAGAUGUGCAUGGAAAAAAAACCCUCUAUAGAAGACUGACAUGUGGAGCAGCAAUGCCUAUCCAAAAACCUACUAUAAUGUGGACCAAACGGGUUUCAGAUUGAUAGGCACAUUUGGAGGAAAAGCCUCAUUGGAGCUAUACAUCUUGGUCACUUGAAGCAUUCAUAGAAUUGAUCAGAUGGCAAAUUAAACCCUGAUCUAGUGGAAAUGCUUGUGCGCUGCAUGUACAUAAUAAACCCUCCAUUCCAGGAUCUGCUCUGAAAGAAACAACCCAACACACAGCAGGCUGUUCAAAAUGUAUCACUGCGGUAGCCUGGUUGCAAUAGUCUUACCCUGUAGAGUAGAAAAUCAUGGCAGCUCCACAUCCAUCUUCAAACUCUUGUGUUUUUAAUGUAGCUGAACACAGAAGUGCAGGUCAUGUGUUUCGGGUGAGCUUCGAAAAGUGACAGGAAGUCUCACACAGGUCCUGGGAGUCGCCGUAGGUUUAGUUGACCCCCUUUGAUUUUGGUGCACAAUGUCUGGCAGUGUUGCAAGUGCAUACAGUUUGCACGCCUGUAAGUGUCAGAUGGUGUGUGUGUGUCUGUGUGUGCAUGUGUAUCAUUUUUUGUUCUUGCAAAAAAAUUAUGUCAUUAGUGGUCAUAAACUUUUUCCUGUUGGUAUGAUGAAACUGUGUAGCUUGCUGUUUAGUAACGAGCAUGUGGAAGAUGGGGAAAGGAGGGAGAAUUUGGUUCAUGGUGAGUGCAACCCCUCCUUGUUUUUCCAGAUGUUAGAGACCAAGUCUGCACUGAAAAAUCACAAAACUCAAGCUUGAUGUGUAGUCAGUAGUCCUACAGCCACACCCUCUUCUUAUCCACCUAUAAGAAGAAUAAAAAAAGACUGUCAAGACUCAAGAGCAUCUGUGUUUCUGUCUCACCAUGCACCAGAGCCAGGACUGUAGCUCUUGUGUUUACAAGGACAUGAGUACCACAGCACAGGAAACUGUGCUCAUCGGCUCAAAAUUUUGUAACAGAGCGGACAUGAUACCAAGUCAGGCAAACUCUUGUGAGCAGUUUUGGUCCCCUGAAGGCCUGACCCAGUCGUCUGUCUGUCUGUCUGCGUGACUGAGUGUGUGAGAGAGUGUGAGCAGGAGAGGUGACCACCAUUCAUGUGCAGCCUAAUGUCAAUGAUGAUGCUUCUCAUGUGCACAGUAUCGUAUGCUGGAGAUGUACACAACCACGUGCUGGGAAUAAAUGAU